ACAAUUUGUUUCAGGAAUGUCACUUCAAAAAACAGAAAGGUUUGAUGGGAUUGAUAUCAAAGAAGAGAUGACAGAAGACCAACAAGUUAACACAACUUCAACCUGGUCAGUAUGCAAUUGUAAAUGCGAGGAAAACGACAGAAGUAACAAUCUGAAAGCUGACACCGUGCUGUGUAAUCAGUUUGAAGCUAGCUCAGAACACUUCAACCAAGUAAGUGAAGUUGUAAAGAUUGAAGACGUCAGGAGUUUCCGUGAUGUUCCGGCUAAAGAUGAACCUUUGGACUAUAAAGAACUUCGGUGUGAUAACUGUAAUCUUGCGCUAACACCAUCGAAUGUAAGACCUGCGAAAGAAAAGUCUUCUUCUUUUCCUAUACCUACUGAGUCUGAUUGUGGUAUUCAGGAUGAACCUCUAUCUAUUGGAGAAACCUCUUUGUCUGGGACUGAACAUAAGUUGAAAAAACACAAACGAACACACACCGGAGAGAAACCUUAUUCUUGCAGUUUUUGUGAUUAUAAAUCGAAUCGAUCGAGCGAUCUUGCUCGUCACGAACUGAUACACACAGGAGAGAAACCCCAUUCUUGCAGUUUUUGUGAUUAUGAAUCGAAUCGAUCGAGCGAUCUUACUCGUCACAAACUGACACACACAGGAGAGAAACAUUAUUCUUGCAGUUUGUGUGAUUAUAAAUCAAAUCACCCUUCCAGUCUUGCUUCUCACAAACAGACACACACCGGGGAGAAACCUUAUUCUUGCAGUUUGUGUGAUUAUAAAUCAAAUCACUCUGGUAAUUUUGCUUCUCACAAACGGACACACACCGGGGAGAAACCUUAUUCUUGCAGUUUGUGUGAUUAUAAAUCAAAUCACUCUGGCAAUCUUGCUUCUCACAAACGGACACACACCGGGGAGAAACCUUUUUCUUGCAGUUUGUGUGAUUAUAAAUCAAACCACUCUGGCGAUCUUGCUCGUCACAAACGGACACACACUGGGGAGAAACCUUUUUCUUGCAGUUUGUGUGAUUAUAAAUCAAACCACUCUGGCGAUCUUGCUCGUCACAAACUGACACACACAGGAGAAAAACCCCACUCUUGCAGUUUUUGUGAUUUUAAAUCGAAUAGAUCAAACGAUCUUGCUCGUCACAAACUGACACACACAGGAGAGAAACAUUAUUCUUGCAGUUUGUUUGAUUAUAAAUCAAAUCACUCUGGCGAUCUUGCUCGUCACAAACUGACACACACCGGGGAGAAACCUUAUUCUUGCAGUUUGUGUGAUUAUAAAUCAAAACACCCUUCCAGUCUUGCUUCUCACAAACGGACACACACCGGGGAGAAACCUUAUUCUUGCAAUUUGUGUGAUUACAAAGCGAGUCGAUCGAGCAAUCUUGGUCGUCACAAACGGACACACACAGGAGAAUAACCUUAUUUUUUGCAGUCUGUGUGAUUAUAAAUCGAUUCAAUUGAGAGAUCUUACUGCUCACAAACGGACACACACAGCAGAGAAACCUUAUUCUUGUAGUUUCUGUGAUUUUAAAUCAAAUCAAUCGGGCAAUCUUGCUAAUCACGAACUGACACACAAGAAAUUCAGGAUUCAGGAACAAGAAGUUCGCUAGUUAAUACAUUAAAACAUUAUACAAUAAUAUAUAUAGUAUCUUAGUAUGUUUGAUAAAUUUACUUGGGACAGAAUUUUGAAAGCUUCCAAAAUCUUGUCGGUUAUCCCAAAAAAUAUAUUUGAAUGAUAUUGCAAACUUUUUUGGUUAAUUGCUCACUAAAAUUGUGGCUUGAUUAUAAUAUAUUUUAUUUGAUAAUUUGAUGAUCGAGUAGUUACAAAUUAUAAUACACUAGAAACCCGCUAGUUGAAAGCUUUGUUCGAGGAAAUUUUAAAAAUCAGUUAUGUUUAAUUUCUCUUUAUCAUCUAGCUCUGUACUACUACUAGAGAAAGUAGGAAUUUUAUUUGAUUACCGUAAAGAAAAAUAUUAAUUGAAGACCCAAGUACGAAUUCGUAAAUAAAUAACCAGUAACCACAUACCUUACUCGGGAAUAUUAUAACCGGGAUAAAGUGGUGGGUUUUGGAAGAUUCCGCCAUAUUUUUCCCGGUCAAAAAUUUUACCAGUCAUAAAAAACCCGCCGACUCAGAUUAUGGGGUUCCAAGGGGGUGGUGAUCAUUAUAUUUUACCUGAAGUCUCAUAUGUGCUAGAGAAGACUUUUGAAGCAGUGGAUGGAGGGCUGUAACUUUAUUGGCGGUUGCUACCAUAAUUUCGUUAUAAAAAUCACAAUUUGGUUAUAGAAAUCAGAUUUUAGGGUGGACCGUGAUUCUCACUUCUGUGACAUCACAUCCUUGACCUUUAAACUACUUUGUACUUGAUCAGAGCUGAUAUUAUGCAGGCUGUGUUUGGAAAAGAUGAAACUGCAGGAGCAUUUCCAUUCCAAAUCUCUGGCUGCAGAAUUGUGUCCAUUUACAAGUCUUCUUUUGAUUGGUCGGCGUCGACUGUAAGCCUUCCUUGCGGUGGCUUUCACAACGCGUCCCCAUUCUCCAACUCCUGCUGCUGGAGAGAGAGACUCCCAAAUUAUAUACCAUAAAUAUAUAUUAUACAUAGAUAUCGACAACAGACUCCGAAAGUCUUGAAGUUCUGUUACCACCGCCCCUGGUGCAACCCCUUACGUUAAUUUCAAAAAUGAAGAAAGAGAGAUUGUCAACGAAAACCUUCCUGAGAUUGUUGCACAAUUUUCUGGUAAAGGUUUCCAGUUGCGUGGUGUAAGCUUCAUGUAUUCCGAAAUAAUCACUCGUCUUGUCCUGGUUUCUUUGGAUAGAAUUGAAAGUUUCUUCUCUGACAACUGGAAAGAUGUUCGGUCAUUGGUGAUGGAACGAGAAUAUUUUUACGGGUUGAUUAUCAGUCGAAAGCGAAUUUAUUCAACAUCUUUGUUGUUCAUGUGGAAGGUUGCUCAGAUGGAUCAGAUAGAGCCCUUCGUUUCGUCAAUUCUUCAACUAGAGGAGUCAUGUAAAAACUCUGGGAAUGAUGAGUCUGAGAUGGAGACAUUUUUAGAUCGGUUUUACGAGAAAUUGGGUGAUGCUGAUGAGAGUGAUUUUGAUCAUGAGACACUUAAGAAGAAUCAUUUUAAAUAUCUUAUUGCAGAUUUUAAGUUAUUUUGAAGUAAUCCUGAGCACUUUACGAUUUUUGUUUUUGAAGAUAAAGUUUCUGAAUUACAUAAAAUUACCCGACUUAUGUUUACCAUAGCCCAAAAUAUCCAAGAUAAAUGGCAGCAGGAUCAGCUGAAAGGUCUUGUUUUUUGGGCUCUUGAUCUUGUUCAACAUUGUAAAGAUAAUGAAAUUGUUAGAACGUCAAUAAUUUCAUAAUAUAUGUUUACUUGAAAGAUUAUGAUUGAUUAUUUUAUGUAUUAAUUAUGUGAUUACUUUUCUAGGUGAACGAUUUAUGAUUACUUUUCAUACUAAACUAUAAAAUUUGUGAUCUAUGAUAAUUUUUUAUUUAAAAAGUGCAUGGAUACUUUUUUAUUCUAUUUUUAUGAUUCGUAAACUUAUUUUAAAGUACGGUUUAACUCACAUCUUUUUCGUUUACUGCUACUCUAAUGGUGACUUAUUUCCAAAAUUCU